GAAAGGCCGCACGAUGUCUGCGGCCGUAGAAUGGGUGUGACCAAUCCGACAAGACGUACUGGUGCGGCGCGGCCCUAGCUUGUGUAACAUCCAAACUGGCGUCGUCUCGCCGUCCCACCAUUGGUUCGCUCCGAGGUCGUCUUCUUCUUGGUGGUGCUCGGGAGGUGGCCUGCCCAGUACUUUCGAGCUCAGGAUGGCUGCUUUCGAAGGUGUUUCUGGGAACUGUGUCGAUUGCCUUAUAUCAACAGCCAAUUCAUCAAGUCAGUCAUGGACGUUGUACGGAGUACGUACCGCUCGUUCAUGCUCCAAGCUGCCAGGUUUCUUCUCUCUACCUCACACAGAGUGUUUCGUCCCGGAUGGCCACAUUCACAUGGCAGCGGUUCUCGGCUGUCACUUCUUCCGUACCUGCAGCUGCCGCUCAAUCAGCGCCGGCCGAGGACCGACAUGCAGCAAUAUAAUGUCUCACAACCAGACAUCAGCAUAAGACGUCAAGCAGGCGAUGGCAUAUUGGGAUUGCUGGGAGCCAACGGUCAUGUAGAGAAUCAGACCGUCCGGGACCUCCGAUUCUUAGCCCUCGUGUAUCACUCUACCUGGCAUUCUUCUCGAGCAAAGUCGGGCGAAAGCCGCACGCCAUCCCCUGAUGCUCCGAGCAACUCUUUAGUCCUGUUGCCGGUACUGCCCACACCACUUCGCUUGCAGUAUGUUUGCGAGAGCAUCGAUGUAUCACACACACAUUCUCCGAUCAAAUGGCUAUCGUUGAUAGUUAUGGAGUAUGGGCAUGGCAUGUGACCACUUGGUGCCUCUUUGACUCGUCAGCUCCGAGG